UUCUCCAAACAUUACAUUGCAAAAAUUCUCCUUCAUUCGUGUAUAAAACAAAAGUCAUCCCCCUUCAUUUUGUAAUUAAACUUUCUCCCCCUUUCCUUGGUUUUCUCGGGAAACAACACUUUGUUCUUCCUCUGAUAUACGCAUACACAGAUUAAUCAAUAUGGAGGUUGUGGUGAUCUCAAGAAACACCAUUAAGCCAUCUACCCCAACCCCUCCUUAUUUGAGCCAUUUCCAACUUUCAUUCCUUGAUCAAAUAGUCAAUAGAAACAUUGUGCCUUUGAUCUUUUACUACCCAUUAGGGAUUGUUGAAGAUGAUUCCAAAGCCACAAACCUCACAAGAUCAGACCAGCUAAAGAAAUCUCUUGCUGAUGUCUUAAACAAGUUCUACCCACUGGCUGGUCGACUCAAAGAAGACCUCUACAUUGAUUGCAAUGAUGAGGGUGUUAUUUACUUGGAAGCUCAAGCCAAUUGCCAACUCUCAGAAAUUGUUGGACAACCCAACAAUCACCAUGCUGAGCUCAACAAGUUGCUUCCUUGUGACAGGCUUGAUGAUGCCGGUGAUGUACUCUUGGCAAUCCAAGUCACGAUCUUCGACUGCGGUGGGAUGGCGAUUGGCAUGUGUUUUUCUCACAAAAUUACAGAUGGGUUGUCUACUAGUACCUUUGUCAACUCAUGGGCAGCUUCUGCUCGAGGGGAUCAUAGCAAUAUCGUAUGUCCUCGGUUUGAUUCGGCUACACACUUUCCUCCUAGAGACAUGUCUUGUUAUCAGAUGGGCACUGGCAUAACAGAAGAGAAGAUUGUAGCAAAGAGGUUUGUCUUUAGUGCUUCUUCUAUAUCUGAUCUCAAAACCAAGUAUGCUGUGAGUGGGAGCAUGGAACAUGCAAUACAACCCACUAGAGUUGAGGCACUCUCAACUUUCAUAUGGAGCAGAUUUGCUGUGACCAUGAGUGAAGAAGAGGCAAGUCCUACUACUUAUGUAGUGACUCAAGGGGUGAACCUGCGCACGAGAAUGAAUCCUCCAUUGCCAGAGUCAUGUUUUGGCAAUUUUAGUUGGGUUGCCAUAUUCACGUCAUCAAUGGACAAGACUGUGGAAGUGGAAGAGGAAGGUUAUGGGUUUGUGACCAAAAUGAGGGAAGCAAUAAAGAAAAUAGACAGUGAUUAUGUGAAAAAACUCCAAGAGGGUGACACACACUUGAAUUCCUCAAAAGGAAAGGGAGAUAAAUCAUGUGAAGAACCUCCAAAGGAGGCAAUGAGGAAAAUGAAGAUUGUUCCCUCAAACUUUUCCAGCUUUUGCAAGUUUAAACUAUAUGAAGUUGAUUUUGGGUGGGGCAGACCUAUAUGGGUGAGCACAGCUACUGUUCCCUUAAAGAAUCAAAUGGUUUUUAUGCCUACUAGAUCUGGUGAUGGCAUAGAGGUGUGGAUUAACUUAACAGAGGUUGACAUGGCCAAACUUGAAGCUGAUGGGGAGUUUGCCAAAUUUGUUUCUUAGAUCUCUGCCUAAUGACUUUGGUACUAAAGUUCUGUAUUUCACUCAUCUCAUUCUAGAUUUAUGUCGCAUGCUCAAGUUUAGUCCUAUGUGUUGUCUUGUUUUAUUUUUAAUUUUGGUUGGUGUAGGGGCAGGGGAUAGGGGAAAGGAAUUUUGGAACUUUUGUCUAGGUAUUGAACUUGGAUGAUCUUUAAUGCUAUGUUUAGAUUAUGGAUUUCGGAAGAGAUUUAAAAAAGAAAAAAAAAAUUGAGUGAAAUAUAAAUGAAAUAUUAGUUAUAUUUCACGUAAUUUUUCUUUCUCUUUUCUAAAUCUCUAUCUAAAUUCAUGAUUCAAACACAGCUAAAAGUCUACACCAAUCACCCUUUAUCAUUGUGUUGUUUUCAAUUAGUUAUUUUGGUUUUCGAAUUGCUCAAGCUUUGCAAUUUUAGUUUCUCUUCUCUCACUAACUCACUGUCUUAGAUAUGGCAAAGCAAUGUGGUAUGUGGUGUUUUUGGGCUUA